AUGCAGGCCACCACAGCGGUGGUGGCAGCUUCUGGUAACAGCUCCCACAGUGAUGGAGGAAGCAUCCACAAAGGUGAGCCUUCUAAUCCUAAGAAAGGAAAUUUGUCAUCUUCCAGUGGUUAUAAUAAAGCCAAAUUAACUUUUCGUGAUGAUGACUGGGAUUCCUUGGCACAAGAUCAAAUUGCUAGUGACAGAGAUACCAGCAAUACUGACCAGACAGAUUCACUGGAGCCGUCUCUUCCUGCCGGUGCAGGCACUGGACUAGAGAGUGCUUGCCCUCAGUCAGGGGAGGUUGAAGACAGUGUCGACUGCAUUUUCUUGAAUGAGACAUACUCCAUACAUUAUGCAGACUCAAAAUUAAAGAAUGAAAAUGUUAUUUUAAAUUCAGAAUUAGCUUCCGAAAUGCAGAAAAGAGAGGAGUUGUUUUUUGAUGUUUUGGAACACAGUAAGAUUCUUAGCCUAGAAAGAAGCUACAGGAUUUCCGAUGAUUCUAAAGAAACUGCUGAAGAUGUGCAGAAGCGCCACACAGACGAAGACUCACAGCAGGAGUGUCACAGUGAGGAGGAGCAAGAAUAUCUGAGCAGCCAUUUCUCUUUCGACAGACCAGAAACACCAGGGGCAUCCAAUCUGGAAGUUGCUGGGUUAAGAAAUGCAGGUUAUGAAGAUAGUAAACACUCUGGCAGUCUGGACACUGAUCACAUUAGGUUAGAAAGGAACGCUAGCAUCUCUUUAGAUUCAGUUGAUAUUUAUGGACAAGAAGAUUCACCUCAUGUCUCCAAAUUUCAGAAUUCUGUUACAUUAAGCAAUUACCAUAAACCAAGGCAUGAAAAGUGUAAGGAACAAGAGACUAGUUUAACGUACCACACAGCAUUUGAUGAAAUUGUACUCAUCAGUAGCCCUUCUGAAAACCAAGAAUCUCAAUCUAACAGCAAUUUCUUAAACCCUCAACAAGCAUUAAAAACUAAAAUUUAUACUAGCAAAAUUAAAUCUCAAAUAACUGAAACUAAAGAUUUUUGUGGAAAUACAACUGUUGAGAACAAAAUGUUACAGCACCUUGAAAAUCCUAGCAUAGCACCACAGGACAAAGGUUCAGAGACGUUACCACAACCCUGGAAAGACAGUCAGACUUCCUGUUCUCCGUGUGACGACUCGGCACUUUCUGCCUGUGAAUGCUCGCACUACGUGAGCCUGCCCGACACCCCUAACUCAGCCCUGGAUUCUCCUCCUCCUCCACCCAGGACUGGUGUCAGCGAUGCUCAGGAAGGAGAAGCAGAUGGCUCCCCAGAGGUUAGGGCCAGCAGUGCUGCCGGUCAGACAUUCCUCCUCCGUCUGGAAGGAACGCACCCAGAUUACCCAACGGCGGCCCCGCAGCGCACACUGACCAUUAGUCAGACAGUGGAUGUGAGCUCCGAUUUCAGGGCCUGUUUCACAACCAGCCGCGCAACAACGGCAAGGCCUUCCGUGGCGUCUACAUCCAGCAACACCGAGAUAACAAUGAUGAACAAGAGGCGCCCCAGCGAAUGUCAGAAGGGGAAGCACCGGAGCGUGGCCUGUAACACAGACUGGUCCUACUGUCCAGGCAGUGAGGACACACCGAUGGCCGUGACAAAGGCGCCCCUGGGAAAAGCCUUCUCAGUUGACAGUGUCAAGCCCAAUGGAAACUUUCUAAAUAAGGAUUCCCUGGAAUUAAGAAAAACACUUGGUAUUGCAGACUUAAAGAAACAUCCUGAGAGGGAACCCCAACUUUCUAAAGACAGGGAGAAGAAUCUGCCAUCAAAGUGCUGUCAGAAAGUAAUGCAGAGAGCCGUCAAAGCCGAGCUGCAGCUUCUAAACGUCCACUACCAGCUGUGUCAUCGCCACUGCAGUGAGAUCUACAGGCUGGUGACAGAGGACCGGGCAGGGCUCAGCAGGGAUUUAUCAACUAAUUCUGUGAACAAGGAAUUAGGAUCAGCACUACUGUCUGUUUUGGGAGACUUAAAAGUGAAGUAUGUGAGUUUGAAAGAAAAAAUCAACAAGGGGGUCCCACUGGAGGAGCUGCCCCCUCUGUCCGUGGAGUCCAAGUUACUGUCUGCCUUCUCCACUUUCGCUUCCAGGCUAAUGAAAAAAGAAUCACAUGUCUUUUCAGGAGCAGAUUCUGAAGUAGAUAAUCAAAUUAUAUGUGAUAUUGACAUUUCCUCAAGCCUAAAAAAGACACUCUCUCAAGUGUCUUUAUUAUCUGACAACAGUCAUCCUAACCAAGGUACCUCACCCAAGGAAGGUGGUUUAAAAAAUGCUGAUAUAGAUGGAUACUUCAGUCAACUGAAACUUGAUGACAAAGAUUACAAAAAUCCUCAAGAAGUGAGUGAGGACUGGUUCGAUGCUAGAGAAAGCCUGACGGGAGCCGACUGCUCGGGAGACCAUUGGAGAGAGCUCGGCAGGCAGGACCCCAGACUGGACCCAGAGCCAGAAAUGAAGAAUGCUGACCCCUUACAAAGAGAGAAAAGCUACUUGGUACACGUGGGAGGUCUCUGCCCUUCAGUGUCUGAGGCUGAUUUAAGGUACCAUUUCCAGAAAUAUCAAGUUUCUGACAUUUCCAUUUAUGAUUCUUCUCAUUACAGAUACGCAUCUCUCGCUUUUAAGAGAAACAGUGAUGCGAAGUCUGCUGUGAAUGAAGUGAACGGGACGGAAAUAAAUGGCAAAGCAGUAAACGUGCGACUGGUUAAAAGCCCUGGAGAAUGCACAUCACCGCUUUUCUCCAAAAAUGGAAGGAGAGGUAGUUUAAAUAAUUUGGAGAAAAGCACCAACAAAGAAAUCAACUCAGCUUCCUGUAUUUCUAGAUUGCCCAGAACUAGGCCAAGGCAGCUGGGAUCUGAGGAAGACAGUGAGUCUUUCCAUUUCGACCAGGGUGUCAAGAAGAAGAAUUGUAAACAAAUUGAAUCUACUAAACUAUUACCUGAUGCACCUUUGCGAUUCAUGCCUCCGAACACACUGAACCUGCGCAGCUUUACCAAGAUCAUGAGGAGACUUGCUGAGUUACACCCGGACGUGUGCAGAGACCGUAUUAUAGAUGCUCUCCAGGCAGUGAGGAUAAAUCAUAAAGGUUUUCUGAAUGGCUUGUCUAUUAACACUAUUGUGGAAAUGACUUCAUCCGUUUUGAAAAACUCUCCUUCCACUUAG